CUCUAAACCAUUGGAACGUGAAGGUUGGGACGGUGGAAAGAAGAGCCGGGAUUUCUUCUGGAAGUUGGCGCCUCCACAGGACACUAUGGCCACGCCGAUCAGUGAGGAUCAAGUAGUUCACUUCUCUCUCAAUGAAGUCCAGUCCGUGAAAGUGCGUAGCUCGCACACGCUUCUUGGCCGGGUCUUCACAACGGCUCGCGUCACACCUGCUGAACUUCGAGAGGCGGUAAAUUCGCCAUGGCAAUGCAAAGGAGAAUCAAAGUGUUGCAAGCAAACCAUGGGUUAUUCGAAUUCGUUCUCCCUAAUGAAGAAUCCAAGACGUGGGUGUUGAAAAGGACCCCUUGGGUGAUCAAUGAUAGGAUCAUCCAUCUAAAAUCAUGGACCCCGGCUGUCACUCGACAGACCUACGAAGAGCUUGCUGUGGCGCCUUUUCGGGUGCAGCUCUGGGAUGUUCAGGAGGAUUGUUGUACAGCAAAAUUUGGAAUGAAGGUGGCGAAUCCCACCAUUGGCCAAGUCCUCAAGGCAGGGGUCUACUCCUGUCAGGAUACAGGGACCUAUUUCCUAAAGGUCAAAGCGAUGAUUGAUUUCUCUCGCCCCCUGCGAUCACAAAUAAUGGCGGCUAGUGAGGAAACGGGACACUUUUGGAUGCAAUUGAAGUAUGAACAUCUCCCAUCCAUUUGUUUCCAUUGCGGGAGAGUGGGACACUUUCAACGCGAAUGUGCGUUUGAUCCUCCAUCUCGCAAGGAACGAUUUGGGCCCCAUAUGAUGACCAAGAAAUUGGGGACUCGAAUAUAUGAUGCAGAUGAUAUUUCCAUCCCGUUACCUGGGAUGAAAAAGACCGUUUGGGUCAAUAAUAAUAUUCAGGGGAAUAGACACCAACCAAUGCUGCCUCGCAAGGAGGAAGAAGCAAAGAAAUUGGCUGAUGCUGUUGCGAAGGAAGAUUUGGACCGGAUUGAGUUUGGCCAGGACUCGGUCGUGGAUGGGCAGAGGCAACCGAAGGACAACCUGCGCGAUCCGGCUCCCAGGCAAAAUCAGAAGGGCUUCUCUGUGACCCGCUUGCCCAAACUGAAUUUGGGUCUCCACAGCUCGCGUCUGACUAAAGGAAAAGAAAAAUUGGGCCCAGUGAAGAGGAAUGCUGAACUCGGCCCAAAGGAAGACCGCAAAGCCAAUCGUGGGCUUACAAAGCCCGGCCGAGAAGAUGGGAUGGGCGGCGGUAAGAAAGGGCAACGGGCCAGGGAGAAUGGUGAGGGUAUCCAGGCCCGCAAGAAAGAUACACCGGGGCCCAAGUCGAAGCUGGGUCUUAAAUAGCUUAUUAUAGUUCUUAUAUGUACUCUUGACCAUAACAUAUAUUCUCAUCUAGCUUGGUAGCAUAGAAUAGGUUUGAGUGACUCAUUGCCCUUUUCAAAAUUUUCAAACUUGGGCCCAGUACUUGAUGUUGAACCUAUCGAAGCCGAGGUAUCACAUUUUCCUAUCAAAGUCGAGGUAUCACAUUUCCUAUCGAAGUCGAGGUAUCACAUUUCCUCCCCACUUAUAGAAAUUUCGCCCUCGAAAUUCGUCCACUGUGAUUAUCCUAAGCAUCGCUUGUGGUAAUCCUUUUCACUUCGAGGAUUUGUAUUUCCUUUAACUUAUACGACGUGACCUAAAAUCCUUCUCUCCAUUCCCUGCAACUUCAAUGUUGUUGUGGCUUCUUAACCCCUCACAUCACCUAGGCUGCACAUUGGACAUUUGUCGGAACGAUACCUAUCCCUUAUUCGGUAUAUGAGAAGGUACUACCCCUCUCCAACUUCAUGGUCAUUGAUGACGGCUUAUCCCCUAUUCAGUCAGAUGGUAGAACUCCUUUAACAUAACUCUCGUCCGGGGUUGAUCUCAUAGAUCACCUAGGUCCUUGUAUCUCUUAACUUUUCAUCUCUUACUUUCUUCCUUAAUGCCUCGUCUUAUCCAUUAACCAUAAAUCGAAUGGUCACCUUCUCGUUACUUGCUGCUUAGUGCUAGAACCUCAUACUACUGCUUCGACUUUCUGUAUGCAUUAGAGGCAUCCUUUGCAUCUUUCUCUAGCUUGCGAUCAAUUUUAUGACUUCUUUCCAGAAUCACGACCUUCCAUUUUGAGUACUUUUUCACUCAUGGCGCCUAACUUAACACUUCCUUAUCACCGUUUGACUUGGGAGUUCUCGUACGAUCUCUUCUAUUGUUCUUUGACCUUGCCUGAAAUUCCUCGUACCGUUUCCCCGUCCAAGAAAUUCUCACUCGAGGG